AUGGCUAGAGCCAUAGGGAAUCGAUCCCUUGCUCUUGUUAAUUUAGGAAAACUCAAAUUCAGCCUUCCCUCGGCUGUAGUGAGCGCCUCUAGCUGCGCCGAAUCCUGGCACGGCUUUCCAGCCCGGAAGAUCACAUACCUAUAA